AUGACUGGGUCACAAAAAUUGCCUCUGCUCUUUAUUGGAAAAUAUCUGAAACCAAGGUGUUUCAAAAAUGUUCAGAAGAUUCCUGCUGCAUAUUAUACUAAUAAUAAGGCCUGGAUGACUGGCAACAUCUACGAAAAAUGGUUGAGAGAUUUUGAUAACCGUUUUUCAGCAGAGAAGCGCAAAGUUCUCCUAAUUGUGGACAAUUGUACUGCACACAUGGAAGUCACUGGGCUUCAGGCAAUCCGUGUGGAAUAUCUCCCACCAAAUGCAGCUGCAGUUUUAGAGCCAAUGGAUCAGGGGAUAAUCAAUAGUUUCAAGCGAAAAUAUAAGACAGUGCUCUUGCAAAGAGUAAUCCUUGGCUUGGAAAGGGAACAACCUUAUCAGAUUGAUAUUCUUGGUGCAAUGAAUUUAUCAAUCAGUGCAUGGAAUGAUGUUUUAGAUGAAACAAUUUCUAAAGCCUUUCGACAUGCAGGUUUUAUUAAAGAAACAGACGUAACUGAAGAAAUCCAUGACAAUAGAUCUCACGACGAAGAUGAGGUUCUCAUGCAUGAACUUCGUAGAAAUCCACAAUUGCCAGAACUUUCAUUCGAGGAUUUUUUAAAUGUGGAUUCUAAUGUCAUCUGCACGGAGGAAAUAUCGGAUCACGAUAUUAUUAGCAGCAUAAUCAAUGAGAAUGAGAGAUUUUCAGAUCCAGAAGAAGAAGAAGAAAAUGAAGUAACACCAAGACCGACUUUAAAACAAGCUGCUGAAUACUUGUCAAAACUUAGACGAUUUUUUGAGGCCAAUGAUAAUUGUGAAAUGCUAACAAAUAUAGAGAAGAUGGAGUCUUGCAUUGUACAAUCUGUUGUUUUAAAACAGACAAAGAUAAGUGAUUAUUUUGUUGCUCAAUGA